AGAAAUGUCUUUAAAGCCAGUAAGAUUGCCUCCCAUCGAACCGGAGGCUGGAACAACACUUCACAGAGACCAGGGUCCUUCCUAUAAACUUAGCGGAGUCAGUUCCAGGCAUCAACUUCCCCCACAAUCAGUCCUCAGACCAGGUAUUGAUACACAAUCAGGCGAACUGGAUUCAUGGCCGGCGUAUGCGAGUCGAAGUAUUACAGAUAUUGGUGCAAUUGGCCGGGGAGGAAAAGGCCCAAAAAAAGCAAAGCGUCAUCCCAAAGCCUAAAUUCUUGGAAGCUUUAGAGAACUAUGUUGAACGUGAAAUAAUAACACUCAACUGUCAAGACCCCAAACCAAGCGAACUUCGAUUACAAGCUUAUCGGGAAGUGUUUGAAUAUUUGAUCGGAGAUUUCAAAACCUACAGACCUCUCUUGUCACAAAUCAAAAAUGAAUAUGAAAAAAUGUUGAGUCAUUACCGAGAGAAGAUUCGUGAACUUGAACCGUUGAAAUCAAUGUUAAUAACAGUAUCGGAACAAUGCGAUCAAAAGAUUUUAAGGAUAAGAGAAGAGGAAAAUCAUGAAAUACUUGGACUUCGUAGAAAAGUGAAAGAACUUCUGAAUGAAUUAGGGCAAGGAAGAAUACGAGAGCAAGGAUUACAGGCUCAGAUACUGAAACUACAGGAAGAAAUGGCGAAAGAAUAUAAAAGAUACAGAGAUGAAUGUGACAUGAGAAAGCUUCUUAUAUCUGAUAUGAACGAUUUACGUCACCAGUACGAAGACAUGAAGAGAAUGGCUGGCCAAGGAGCAAUGGAUGAUGAGGAUGAUCCUGUCAGGUUGAAGAUUGCUUUGAAGGUAGCACGAGAGAAUUUGGGUACUCAAGCCGCUGAAUUAAAUCGAAUCAAGGCAGAUUACGGAGAUGUGAUUCCUCGGCGAGAUUUCCUUGCAUUGGAAACAAAUUUCACGGAAAUGAAUGAAAAAUACGAGACUUUCCAACAAGAUUUCUCAAAGCUUAAAUCAGAGCAUGAUACCUUGUUGGAUGUGCACCAACAGGUUAUAGAUCAAAGAGAUGAAUAUUAUACAGAAGCAGAAACAUUGAGAAGAAGCGCGACCCCGAGACCGCAGUGGAAAAAAUGCGCUGAGAUUGUUCCCGGUGGUCAAGAGCGUUGGUACGAUUUAUAUCACGGCAAACGCAGUGCUGAAAUCCUCGAUUCUCUUGUCAGUGAACUGAAAGCUGGUCACGAUAAAGGACCUGAAACAUUCGAAGGAGAAGGCGUGGGAGAAGAAGUUCCAAAAUACCUUCAGUUUGAAGGAACUAUUCGCAAUCGAAUGUUAUCAAAAGCUGAAGUUGCAAAUCUUCUGAAACUUAUCUGGAGUUCGAAAACGGAAAGUGAUCGUCUGAAAGGGGCUCGCCAAGACAUGAAAGAAUUUCUGCUCGAUUAUUUUAGGCAAAAAUACAACGACCCAGAAAUGGUAGCAGAGUGGGGAUAUUCAUUGAAACAAGCUUUGAUCAACUUUGAGAAUGAACCUCAUGUUAAACUGUUUGCCGAUGUUUUGAAUGGUAAAGGUUCCGAAGAUAUUUACUACCGAGAGAUGGACGUGAUCAAAACAUUGAUGGUUUCAUUGGAUGAACUUGAUAAUGAGAAAGCCGGUAGUCUAAAUCUCGAUCAGUUUGGAGCAGCGAUCAAGAAAGCGUUCCCAUUAAAGAUGGAUCCAGAAAUUGAAGCUUUAGUAUCUGCAGCACAGGCUGAACUGGAAAUGGUUUCUGAUACGACGACGACUAUUGUUUAUCGGGCAUUAUUCACAGAAGAUGAAGAGGGGAACACUGGUCCUUUCCUUACUUUGUUGAGACAGCAAGAAAGAGAUGAGAGGGACGCCUAUGUGGAUGAGAUAUUCAAACAAUUGGAAGGAAAAGAUGAGGUCCCAAUGCAAGAAAUGAAGGAGACAUUAAUGAUGCUAGAUCCCCAGAUCACUUCACCAAUCAUGCAGAAGUAUCUCAGCAUUGCUUACUCUUGCACUCCAGAGCUUACAGAACAAGCUGAACCCGCCGCCUUGGACGCAGUUAUUGAUAGAAUGAAAAAGGGGGGAAUUUAUAGAGUGGGAACACCAUUGUAAAAUGGGAACACUGAAUUUUUAUGGGUAGAAACUAUAUAGUGGAUUGGCCCAUGGAUUGUUAAUUUUUCAGAAUUUUGUGGUUGAUAUUCUAAAAAACAUGCUGAUUUAUCUGUCCAAUCAAAUUUAGACACAUUUUUAACAGAGAAAAUUUCAACGAAAAAA